AUGUGCUCAGCCCCAGAUCUGACCCCAGUGCGGAGGAGCACAGACCAAGCCUGCAGCUUCUAUGUGUGGGUUGGGGGACACGUUCUCAUAGGGAACUCUCUUCUAGGGCUGUGUUGGGGCCCAUGGAACCAGGUACGGGCAGGAGCACCCCCUAAACCCUCCAUCUGGGCUGACCCAGGACUGAUGAUCACUAGGGGGAGCCCUGUCACCAUCUGGUGUCAGGGGUCUCUGCAGGCUGAUGUCUAUCAUCUGUAUAAAGAGAGGGUCUCUAAACCCUUGGAUACAGAGGCCCCACAGGACUACAGCAACAAGGCCAGUUUCUCCAUCGAAUCUGUGAGCUCAUACACUGCAGGGCUAUAUCAGUGUGCAUAUCACACUAGCGGGAAUGGCUGGUCAGAGCGCAGUGACCCCCUGCCCCUAGUGGUGACAGGAGUGUACAGAGCACCCUCCCUCUCAGCCCACCCAGGACCUGUGGUAGCAUCAAGAGGGAACGUGUCCCUCUCCUGUAGCUCAGAGUCCACAAUGGAAACUUUACAUCUGCUGAAGGAGGGAGGAGCUGACCCACCCCAACACAUGGAAUUGAGGACCUAUCGUAGGAGGGGGCAGGCUGUCUUCCCUGUGGGCCCUGUGAACACCUCCCAUGGGGGGACCUACAGAUGCUAUGGUUCUCACAGCUCCUACCCCUAUGCGUGGUCACUCCCCAGCGACCCUCUGCAUCUUGAAGUCACAGGUGUGUACAGGGAGCCCUCCCUCUUAGCCCAGCCGGGCUCACUGGUGCUUUCUGGAGACAGCCUGACACUCAAGUGUCACUCAGAGGCCGGCUUUGACAGAUUCGCUCUGACCAAGGACGAGGGGCUCACACCCCCCCAGCGUCUUCAUGGGCAGCACAGCCCUGACUUCCCCCUGGGCCCUGUGAACCACACCCACGGGGGACAGUACAGAUGCUACAGUGGACACCACCUCUCCUAUGUGUGGUCGGCCCCCAGCACCCCCCUGGACAUCCUGAUCGUGGGAAUGUACCAGAAACCCUCCCUCUUGGCCCAGCCAGGGCCCUCAGUGUCCUGGGGAGAGAAUGUGACCCUGCAAUGUCGCUCUGAGAUCCACUUGGAUACCUUUCAUCUGUCCAAGGAGGGGUCACCUGCUCCUCCCCAGCACCUUCGUCUGCAGGACACAGCUGCACCCUUUCAGGCCAACUUCACCAUCAGUCCUGUGACCUCAGACCAAGAGGGGACCUACAGGUGCUACGGUUCAGACAGAACCUCCCCCUACCUGUUGUCACUCCCAAGUGACCCCCUGGAACUUCUCAUCUCAGCCACGCAUCCCCAAGACUACACAGUGGGGAACCUCAUCCGGAUGGGCGUGGCUGCCGUGAUCCUGGUGGUCCUCGGGAUUCUGCUCUUUCAGGCUCGGCACAGCCCCAGAGGACCCCAAGAUGCAGCCAGGAGGUAAAUACAAGAGAGAACUAUGCACUGCUCAGAGAGGUAGAGGCUUGGAAAUAAGUCUUGUGUGCCCAGGAGGUUCUGGAAGAGCAUCUGGGGCAUAUGUUGUGUGAAACGUCUGUGGGUCAUUGUGAGGUGGAAGAAUCAUUGUUCAUGUGCAGGGACAACGUCUGGACUCUUCUGCCAUUAAACUGUGGAAUUUUC